UGGGGAGAGGGAGGGUCCUGGUUCUUUCUCCCCCCUCCACAGGGCAGAGGGAACCCCAGGAGCGGGAUGGGGGGAUGAUGAUGCAGCAGGACACAAACACCUUCUCUCCUUCCCUCCCCACAGCCGUGCAGCGGGGCCGGAUCCCCCCCACCCACUCCAGCACCAGCCCCAACACCCUGCCCAGCGGGGAAUACUUCAACGGGCAGCCGGUGUCGGAGCUCAUCUCCCAGCUCCUGCGGGCUGAGCCCUACCCCGCCGCCCGCUACGGCUCCCAGUACGCCCAGCAGGGCAGCAUCAUGGGCAUCGACAACAUCUGCGAGCUGGCCGCCCGCCUCCUCUUCAGCACGGUGGAAUGGGCCAGGAACAUCCCUUUUUUCCCCGAAUUGCCCGUUUCUGACCAGGUGGCCCUGCUCCGGCUCAGCUGGAGCGAGCUCUUCGUCCUCAACGCAGCGCAGUCGCCCCUGCCCCUCCACAUGGCCCCCUUGUUGGCCGCCGCCGGCUUCCACGCCUCCCCCAUGUCGGCCGACCGCGUCGUCUCCUUCAUGGACCAGAUCCGCAUCUUCCAGGAUCAGGUGGAGAAGCUCAACCGGCUCCAGGUGGACUCGGCCGAGUACAGCUGCCUCAAAGCCAUCGCCCUCUUCACGCCGGAUGCCUGUGGCCUCUCGGACCCGGCGCACGUGGAGAGCUUGCAGGAGAAGGCUCAGGUGGCCCUCACGGAGUACGUGAGGUCCCAGUACCCCUCGCAGCCCCAGCGCUUCGGUCGGCUCCUGCUGCGGUUGCCAGCCCUGCGGGCCGUGCCGGCCGCCCUCAUCUCCCAGCUCUUCUUCAUGAGGCUGGUGGGGAAAACCCCCAUCGAAACACUAAUCAGGGACAUGCUGCUCUCGGGGAGCACCUUCAACUGGCCCUACGGGACGGGGCAGUAGGGGACAGAGCCUCUCCCCACCUGGGGACACUCUGGGGACCCCCCCCAACAAGCAGCCGGACCCCCAAUUCCCUCCGGUGCCCUGAGAUGGUGCCAUCUCUGGGGACCCCUGAACUGUGCCCCAGCCCCACAGAUGUCUUGGAGCUCGUCCGUCCUCUGCAGCCCCCCCAAAAACAGUGGGGUGACGGCGUUGUCCUCCUAAACCCCCAGGUACGGGCUUGUGCCACCGCUGUUGGACACCAAACUUCUGGACCCCCAUGAAGCGGAGCUGCCUGGACCCCCACCCCCCCCAAAUUCCCCCUGGGGACCUUGGAGCAUCCCCUGGGGGUGGUACCUUAUCCCCCCCCCCCAAAGUCGGAGCCUGGGGGGGGGACACACCGUCCUCUGGCUGCCCCUCCAAAUCUGAAUUUCAGAUGGGAAGUGGGACUGGCCAGACUGGGGUGCAGGGGGGGCUGCUGGCUGGGUAGAGCCAUCCUUUGGGGGGGGUCCUGCUGCGGGACCCCCCUCCCUCUGCCUCCCCCAGUCCCAGAAAUGGUGGAAAAAGGGUGAUUUUAAAGCCCUUUUAUCCUGCCCGGCCGUAUCCAGCCUCCAGGACUGAAGCGCUGAGCUCGGAGCAGCCCCUUUUUUGGGGA